UAAACAGAAUAUUGGAAAUGGGAAGCACGAAUUUGGUAGUAUUUGAGGGCAAGAAGCUUUUCCUCUUUAGAAACAGAUCCCAACUGGAAGAGAACCUGGUAGCAUUGACACAAAAGCAGGUUCUGCAAUAUUUUAAUAUGGCCUGAAAGAUACCUGUGAUGACAUAAAAUGACCUAGCGCAAGGCCUAAUAUAUAUACCUGGCUUCUGCCAACAGCAUUAGUUUCAUUUCUAGUUCUCAGUUUUCCUCAAUACACCAUUUUCUUGCAGAAUCAGUUUUCCUAAAUUGAAAACCCUUCAUGCAGAAGGAAUUGCCAGCUCUUUUUACGGUAACGCCUGAAGGAUCACGUUUUCUCAUGGAUCCUAAUUGUAUUUCAGGUGGCCUGAAUGAGAGUUUUUGCAUCGACUCCGGUGGCGGAUGUAAUGCAAAAUCAUCAUCAGCUUCACUGGACAGAUUGAUUUCGAGUCCUGAGUCCAGUUCUUCAAUAGAAGAGGCUUCUGCUUCCAACAUGAACGGUAUUAAAUUCUCAGAAUUUUCCGAGCAAAAAGACAUGCUCAAGGGUUAUGAUGCACAUUCAUUGCUCUCUGGAUCAGCAACAUUUGACAACUUCAGUGGAUCUUCUUCUGCUCAAAAUACAGGAAGCCACAUUCCGUUGAAUUUCCUUGAAUCCUUCCCUGCAAUAAAUGAAGCUCAAUUACGUGAACCAUGUCCCUCACCUCCUUCAAAGUUCCCAAACUUAGGUUUGUUUUUGCAAGAGCCAUCAUUCAUGGAUGUAUCCAGAAAAGCGACAGAAUCUCUUGGAAAGAGCCAGAAGCGUGAGCCGAUGCAGCUAUGUUCUCAAAACCCUUUAUUCCCCAUCUCUGAAAUGGGGAAAAGCCAGCUUCUGCCAUGGCUGAAAAUCAGUCAGAAUAUCACAAAUAACUCCUCCAAAGGCUUUAGUGACUACUGGCUCAGUACCACCAAAACAACACCGAUGAAAUUCACGGGCAGAAGAAUCCAAAAUGGCAAUCAGAAGACUUCUUUAUCAUCAAUAUCAUCUCCAGGAAAGCUUUUCAGAGGAGUGAGGCAAAGGCACUGGGGAAAAUGGGUUGCAGAAAUAAGAUUACCGCGAAACAGGACAAGGGUGUGGUUGGGAACAUUUGAUACAGCAGAAGAAGCUGCUUUUGCUUAUGAUACAGCUGCCUACAUGUUGAGGGGCGAUUAUGCACAUAUGAACUUUCCGGACCUGAAACACCAAUUUAAGGCUAAUUCCAUCAGCUGUAGUACUGCAGCCCUUCUGGAAGCCAAACUGCAAGCAAUAUCACAAGGCCUGCCUGCUACAAAGAAGUCUACCGAGUUACCAAUAUCUCAGCCGAAAUCAGUCUUGCAUGAGAACUCAAGAUUCAAAAGCUUGAAUAUUCAAGUUCCUGCCAUAAAGGAGUGGCCACUGGACUUGGGUUGCAAAAUUGAAUCUGGUGAGAUGAUUGAUAUCAAGAAGAGCCAAGAAAGUUUGGUAGAUACUGAAGCUGUUCAAUUAAGUAGAAUGCCAUCCCUGGAUAUGGAUACAAUCUGGGAUGCACUUCUUGUGCCUGAUUCAUGACUUUUUUCCAUAGUUGUGUAUGUUUCAACCACGUCUGAAUGUAUUUAAACAGGCAGAUUGUUUUGUUUCUUCUUUACUCAAUACACAAGUUUAAAUGUCUCACAAUCUAUUCUUCUCAUA